CACCAACGGUUCACACAAUUGGCACCUCAUGCAGAUCCCAACCCAUGCUACAUCCCGACUUUUCUGCUAACAAUUUAAAAAAAGACAUUGAAAAAUAUAUCAAUUUGGCAGUGGCACCUUCUACCAAACAAACAUACAGCUCAGGUGAAAAACGCUUUGUUGAAUUCAUCCUUUUAGUUAAACGCACUCAAGUCGAACAGUGUCUCCCGGCAACAGAAUCUAUGCUGACUGAGUUUGUUGUGUACUUGGCUAGAACUAUAAAACAUUCCUCAAUAAAAAAUUACCUAGCAGCUGUUCGACAUUAUCAUAUUCGCCAAGGUUUUAAGUUAAACUUUCAAAAAAUGACACGCCUGCAACUGGUCUUACGUGGUAUAAAGAGAGCUCAAGGUGGCCAAAUUCGAAUACGCUUACCAAUAACUAUUCAUCAUCUGCAGUUGUUCCACCUGUUACUAUCCAUUCCAUCUACCAAAAAUUAUGACUCAUUAAUGUUCUGGGCUGCAAUGACUUUGGCAUUCUUUGGUUUCCUCCGUCUGGGAGAACUAACAUGUAAUUCCAAAUUUAAUACCGAUACCCACUUGACACCAGACAAUAUAUCAUUUAAUUUUAUUCAGGAGACGCAAAAACCCAAAUCGAUGACAAUCUUGAUCAAAGAGUCAAAAACUGACCCCUUUCGGGUGGGUCAAACAAUUACAAUUGGGUCUACUAGCUCACCAUUAUGUCCAGUUUUAGCUAUGAAGCGAUAUCUUACAAGUCGCAAAUCACUCAAUGGCCCCCUUUUCGUUCAUGCUUCAGGAAAGCCAUUGACAAAGCAAGCACUGAUAACUGAGACACGAUCUCUUCUCACUAAGUCUGGCUUAAAUGCUGCUCAUUAUGCUGGUCAUAGCUAUCGGAUUGGUGCUGCAACAACAGCAGCCUCUGCGGAACUGCCAUCCUGGCUAAUCAAAACAUUAGGACGAUGGACAUCCGACUGUUAUGAACGCUAUAUCAAAAUUCCAUUAUCAACUCUAUCUGGGGUAUCAGCCACUUUGACAGAUGUGCUAACCGCUAAGUAA